UAAAGUUUUUUUUUUCUAACACUAGACCCUGUCAGUUGUGUCCAUAAAGUGAAAAUGUCACCAUGUUCAUUAGCUUAACAUUUAUUCUUGUUUAAAAGACUUUCGACUGAUUAAUUUUGCUAAAUGAAUUACACUUGCCGAUCUUUCUCUAGUGCACAUGAUUCUUUACCGCAGCCGGGAUCAAGACCUCGCGUUUUAUCAUCGCAUGUCAACAAUUCGGCUUGCAUGAGUACUCCUCGUCAAUACGCUCUUUUACGAACACCAUCCGACACUGUAACGAGUACUAGUUUGAAUCAUAACGAAACGCCCUCAUCUUACCGUUCCACGUCCACAGGAGUUUCGUCAACACAGCAACCGUUGAAUGGGUCUGGUAGCCAUACUGGUUGUUUUUCUUCAAUGAGCAAAACGACCCUUUCUUCCCAAUUGCCUAACCGCGUUUCACAAAAAGAAAGCAGUGACACACCAUCCACCUGCGCUUUAACAACAUUACCUUGCUCUUUAGCUACCUUAGACCCGACUUCCCAACUGAUGACGGAAGGCUUAAGAUUACAACAAAUAUGGAUGGAGAAAGAUGAAUUAAAAAAUCUGUAUUAUUAUUUUUCUUGCCUUAGUAAACUUGUUAUUUUUAUGAAUACAUCUCAGCGCAAUACUGAGUUCACCCUUUUACUUGAAGAAAAAACCCGCACCCUUGUUGAUAAAGUCAUUCCUUUAGAACUUACAAGACUUCGUCAAAGGCUUUCAAGUCUCGUGACGACGCAUCGGGCUAUGAAUUCUGAUAUUCUGUUUCUUACUCAACGCUUGGAAGAAAAUAUGAAACGCGUUAGCGAUAUACGCGAUAAGGAAUUAUCUCGAGCUCAAACGAAUUUAAUCUUAGCUAAACAACGACGGCAAUAUAACCAGGAUUUGGAAAAUGUGGCAGCUGAGAUCUUAACUAAAAAGCCCCAACAAAUUUAUCAAAAAGAGCUACAACAAGAGAAAGUUAAGUUACGUGAGUCAAAUCGAGCUUUGAGCCGUUGGCAACGUAUAGCGCAAGUGCGCAAAACUCAAGUGGAGGGUGUUUUACUGCAUAUGCGAGAUAUGUUGCAAAGUCUGAAAGAUCCUACUUUUUUCUUUAACGUCAUGGAUGACUCACAGCCCGCUUUACCUACAGAGCCGUCUUGCGAUUCGGAUACCCUCCCUAAAUGCGAAGCAACGUUUCAGUGCGCCCAGCCAUGCGCUGGUCAAAAUACGACUUAAGCUUUAUUGUUGAAACAGUCGUGCCACUUUGGUUCUUUUUGUGACGAACACACACAUACACACAAUUGAAAAACAAAGUUUUACGACAAAAAUUUGUUGCAUUCAACAAUAAAAUAUUUUACGAUAGA